AUGUUGUGCCAGGUGAUACGAAUGCACUGUCUGACAGUUGCUUCGGAACUGACUACGUUACCCUACCUGCGGGAACGGCUACCGAAACAGCAAGCAAUCACUCGACAACAACCAGAAACCUCUCACUCACUCUCCACCCCAGUCGAUAUCCCUAUCUCCUAUCUCGCCUCACGUUCGCUUGUUUGUUGGUUACCUCUAGCUAGACAGAAUUCCUUUUUUGCAGCUGUUAGAUUAAUUCCACACAAUUUCUAUAAUGGCCUCAUCACUCAUCAAGCUUCUCCAGCGCAAGCGAUCAUAUUUAACUCGUUCCUCUUUAUCUUCCUCUCGAUGCUUAUCCUCGCUGCAUCACUAUACCUUCCUCAUCACGUCCACACCAUCGCCUCGAGGGCUUGGUUCUACUAUGCCGGUGACGAGGAUAUGCUCGCUACACAACAAGGAACAGCCCAUUCAGAGCUAUGA